AUGUCCUCCGACCCCCGCUCCGCCGCAGCUGUCAAACCGACUCUAGUGCAGUCUAUGGUGGUACUACAGCCAUUGCAGCAAGACCGCGGGAUGGCUGCUGUCAACAAGGCUUUCGACAGUCCGGAGAUGGCCUUGUCUUCAAACUCUUCUCGUACAAAUAUCACGACGGGCGUGAAAAGCUUCUUCCGUCUCAGAGGAUCGAAGUUUUCCAAUGACGAUUAUCUUUUUGGCCGCACUCGACUCGAAGCCGAAAGCACGAAGUGCGUUUUGCUGCAUGUAGGGAAGCUAUGGACCGUGCAUAAGCUUCCAUUCAGGAGUGAGGAGGUCUAUUUAAGGAAUCCAGGAGUCUCUCUCAAAUUGGCCAUUGGAGUUGUGAAGUCUGCACCAAGACCCAAACCAAAAACUCCCAAAAAGGCCAAACGGAUUGUGUACUUUGAAGUUGAGAUCUUGGACGCUAAGACCAAGGAGAAACUUCUGCUACUGGACAAGGUGGAACCAACAGCCACUAUUUUGGAUAUCAAAGCUUUGUUUCAAAAAUCAAAUCCAAAGUGGUACCCAGCAAGACAGUCCCUUCGACUGGAUCCAAAGGGGAAGUGUCUUCGAGAUGAAGAUAUUCUGCAGACACUUCCUGUGGGAACCACGGCCAGCUUUUACUUCAGUGAUCUGGGACCUCAGCUCACAUGGGGCACUGUGUUUCUGACAGAGUGUGCAGGCCCACUCAUCAUCUAUCUCAUGUUCUACUUCCGCCUCCCCUUCAUAUAUUCACCCAAAUAUGACUUCACCAGCAGCAAGCACUGGGUCGUACAUUUGGCCUGUAUGUGUCACUCUUUCCACUACAUCAAGCGCAUUCUGGAGACGCUCUUUGUCCAUCGCAUCUCACACGGGACCAUGCCACUCAGAAACAUAUUCAAAAACUGUGGUUAUUACUGGUGCUCUGCGGCGUGGAUGGCUUAUUACAUUAACCAUCCACUCUACACUCCGCCCUAUUAUGGUCAGCAACAAGUGAAUACAGCUCUUUAUGUUUUCCUGUUUUGUCAAUUGGGGAACUUUUCGAUCCACUUAGCUCUAAGAAACCUUAAAUGUCAAGGGUCAAAGAUUAAGAAAAUUCCUCACCCGACAAAAAACCCUUUCACUUGGAUUUUUGCCCUAGUCUCCUGUCCAAACUACACUUAUGAGCUGGGUGCUUGGAUUGGCUUCACGGUGAUGACCCAGUGUGUGCCAGUGGCUUUCUUCACUGCGGUGGCGUUCAUCCAGAUGACCGUGUGGGCCAAAGGCAAACACAGGGGCUACUUAAAGGAGUUCAGAGAUUACCCCACUCUGCGCUCCUCCAUCCUGCCCUUCAUCUUGUAG